GCUUCCCAACCACCUGUCCACUUUCAGUUGGACCUCUCUAUCAUUUUCUCUCUCCUCUCAAAUCUCAAUAAUAAAUUCUCCACCAUUUUUAACCUCUUUUUUCUUCCUCCAUUUUCGCACCUUCAAUCUAUCUCUUUCUCUCUCUUCUGUCUUUCCGUAACACUCGUUUUGAUAUCUGUUCUGUUUAGUGAAAAUGUCGGCUGAAGCUUCAAGGGAAGAAAAUGUUUACAUGGCCAAGUUAGCCGAGCAGGCUGAGCGGUAUGAGGAAAUGGUGGAAUUCAUGGAAAAAGUUGCAAAGAUGACAGACGCUGAGGAGCUCACUGUGGAGGAGAGGAACCUCUUGUCUGUGGCUUACAAGAAUGUGAUUGGAGCAAGGAGAGCUUCGUGGAGGAUCAUCUCCUCUAUUGAGCAGAAGGAGGAAAGCAGGGGGAAUGAGGAUCAUGUUGCGACCAUCAAGGAGUACAGAAGUAAGAUUGAGACUGAGCUAAGCAAGAUUUGUGAUGGGAUUUUGAACCUCCUUGAGUCACACCUCAUCCCUUCAGCUUCCGCUGCCGAGUCUAAGGUCUUUUACCUCAAGAUGAAGGGUGACUAUUACAGGUACCUUGCUGAGUUCAAGACGGGACCUGAGCGCAAAGAGGCUGCUGAGAACACCCUGCUGGCUUACAAGUCUGCUCAGGACAUUGCUCUAGCUGAAUUGGCCCCCACUCAUCCGAUUAGGCUUGGUCUUGCUCUUAACUUCUCCGUCUUCUAUUACGAAAUUUUGAAUUCACCUGACCGUGCCUGCAAUCUUGCAAAACAGGCUUUUGACGAGGCUAUCUCUGAGCUGGACACUUUGGGUGAGGAGUCAUACAAGGACAGUACUUUGAUCAUGCAGCUUCUGCGAGACAAUCUGACCCUCUGGACCUCAGACAAUGCGGAGGAAGGCGGUGAUGAGAUUAAGGAAGCUCCUGGAGGAAAACGUGAAUCAAGCGAAGGUCAGCCGCAGCAGUGAUAAGUUGAAGAAUGGUGCUCUGUAUUCGUAGCAUGAAAUAUCAGUAUAGUUGUCAUUUUGGUUCGCAGUAGUUAGGAUUUAUUAGAAUUAUUUGGUCUUGUUAGUGUCCUGGGUGCUGGCAGUACUCAGAUUUAGUAUUUAUCAUCUUUUCGUCUUAGACUAUCUGUAAACGGGGCGCUGUGGCCGAGUUUAUUAUAUGUUCCAAUGGUGUGAAAUGCAGUUUGCAUAUUUAACCUUGCAUGGUUAGAGGGAGUAUUUGAUUUUUGUGAUCCUUAAGGGUUUGUGUACUCUCUGAUUGUUUGUCAAUGUUAAAAGUUUUAUAUGCUUUCUAUUAA